GCGCUCUCUAGCCAAGAAGCUGCUUCUCGCAUGAGGAAAUCAACAUCUACACUGUCCCUAGGCGUCCGAAAUACACACUAACACUGAACUAUAGCAAACGUUAACAUCAGAUACACCAGAGGACACGUUUGUUCAGAGUCAGUGCUCGGCCCGUGGAGGGUAAACUCUGGUGUUUGUGAGAUGAGGGCACUGACUUUGCAUCAGGCAAAUGUGGCCCAAGGAGAGCCGCACCAUGCUAGAUGUGGAAGGAGUUUGUCUUCCAACUAUGCUCCUCUGGAGAAUAAGCUCUUAGCUCAGACCUCCACACUGAUGCCCCAGCCUUGCCCUCCAAUCUUAAACUCUGCAGCUUGCCCCUCUCUCCAGCCCUCCAGCCUGUCUUCCACCUCCUCGUCCUUUCUCUCUACCUCUUCCUUCUCACCUGCCCUCACCUCUCCUCUCCUCAGCACCGAGAACAAGCUCCUAAAUGGCCAUUCACCUCAUCUCUCUUUUUCCCUGACUUCCUCUACAUCUGUACCCAACGACUCUCUGCUUUGCACAUCCCUGGCCAGCAGUGCUCUGCUCAGUCAUUUUGCUCAUCCCCCUUCAGUCCUCCAACAUGCUCUGGGUGGUGAACAGAAGAGGGAUGUUGGAGGAGACGAAGGCAGAGGGGAAACAAUUGAAGUGAUGCAGUCCUCUUUUGAAGAAACAAGUGUGACACAUUCUGAGGAAGAUGACGUUUUGCCCGAAGAGGAGAUGGAGGUGGAGGAUGAUGACGCUGGGACAGCCAUGAUAUUACCUGUCCUGGAAACAGAAUUGGGCAGCGAGGAUUUCGAACAAGCUCUGGUCAACAGGCAGGAGGAAUUUGCUGAGUUUGAUAGAGGAAAUGAAAUUGUUGAAGAGGAGCUGAAUGAUAAAAAGUAUCUCCUGCUGAACGAGGUGUGUUGCUCCCUGGUCAAGAAGUGCAAAGCACCAGGCCAGAAAGACUGGGACUCAGAGGACAGUGUUUGGACCAGGAUCACAAAUCUGGCGAAGGACAUCUCUGUCUGUGACCCACAGUUUCUUCUCAAGGUGGCAGUUUACACUCGCCAGGAGUUGAACAUCCGCAUCACAGCAAACUUCUUAUUGGCUCUGGCUGCCAGUCAGCCCUCCACCAAGCCACAUGUCCGCAGAUACUUCUGUGCUGCUGUACAGCUGCCCUCAGACUGGCUGGAAGUAGUCCGAAUCUAUAGUACAUGUUUCAGCCACUCCCUGCCAAUGUGCCUGAAGAAGGCAAUGGCUGACAAGUUCAAGCAGUUCAGCGAGUAUCAGCUGGCCAAAUACAACACACGCAAACAGCGCUGCAAACACAACCGCAACAGGCGCAAUGCCAAGAAACCAACUGAUCAGCAGCUGACCCUGUGGGCGAACUUUCUCAGAACAGAUGCAUCUAUUCUGAAGAAGUUUUUGCAGGUAGAGGGCAGGGAAGUGGUGGAUAAAAAGCAGAGUGAGUUCAGUAUAAAGAAGAUGAUCAAGAGGCUUCACAUUAAAGAACCUGCUGAACAUGUUAUGGCCAUUCUGGGAAAAAAGUAUCCUGCUGACCUGAAGGCGUUUACCCGCAGUGGAAUAAAGGGCGUGUGGGACAGGGAGAGAGCCGGGCAGCGAAUGACGCUCAAAGAGCCAGAGACCUGGGAACGGCUGCUCAGCCGGGAGGGCAACAAAGCCGCCACCUGGGAGAAGCUCAUUGACAAUAAGUCUCUUCCAUUCAUGGCCAUGCUGAGGAACCUGAGGAACAUGAUUGUUAAGGGCAUCAGUGAGGCUCAUCACAAGAAGAUCCUCAGCAGACUGACCAAUAAGAAAGCAGUCAUUCAGAGCCGACAGUUUCCCUUCAGAUUCCUCGUGGCCUACAAAGUCAUCAUGGACCUUUACAGUCUGGCCUCAGCCUCAGCGUCAGAGCAAGCACUCCCCCCUGUUAAAGAGAUCCUGAAGGGAAUCCUGAAGAAGGUUCCCAAGAGCAAGCGCUUCAAUCGUCUGGACUGGGGGACGUAUUCAAGGAGCAGGAUGAGGGUGACACUUGGAGUGCCGUUUAUCUACCGACAAUACAGAAUGAAGAAGGACCAGCUCCUGAAGGCCAAUAAGAUCCUGUACUCUGUUGCUCUGUUGGACCGUUACCGCAAAGCUCUGGAGACGGCGGUUCAGAUCUCCUGUCGUUACAAUGUGCCCCCGCUCCCCGGACGAACCCUUAUCGUGCUGUCUGCUAACUUGAGGCGUUAUCGGUCCUGGAAUGAGAAUACGGACUUCUGCCUCCCGCCAGAUCUCAAGGAACAAAACAAGGAGGAGGAAGAGGAAGAAGAAGUGUGCACAAGGACAGGGGUGAAGAAGAAGAAUGAGGAGGAGAAUAAGCUCACUGCAUCUGUAAGGGCCUAUUUGGAGGUGGCAGUUCUUCUCUCUCUGAUGAUUGGCAGCAGUGCCGAGGACAGUCAGCUCUGCUUAGCUGAUUGGAGUCACUGCGAAGAAGUCAAGCUGAAGUCUGAUGUUCUCUUGGAUAAUGUCAGGAGUGUGAUGGAGCAAGUAGAGGCAUGUAUAAAUAAGUCAGAUGAUGCUAAGGACUGCAAUUACUUGUCCACAUUGCUCACCAAGAAAAACAAGGUGGACAACAUCAUCACGGUAACUGACUCCUGGAACUAUUAUGAUGUCGAGUACACCAUCAACAACUACAAGAAGGAAAUAAACCACAAAACCCUCUUUGUGAGAAUCCUCUUGUCAGAGAGAAACUCAGAGUACAUCGCUGACAGGAACUGUGUGGAGCUGGCAGGCUUCAGUGAACAAAUACUGAGGUUUGUGGCAGAAAGAGGAUCAUCCAGGCUGCUGGACCAUGUGGAGCAUUUAGACAGACUGCACAACAUCCCACCACCAGAGGGAGCUAAAGGCACUCAGACAACAAACAGAGUUGUCCCAAUACCAGCCAGCCCCAAGUUGAGGUGGCGAGGUGUACGUGUGUUUAUCUCCUCCACCUUCAGAGACAUGCACGCUGAGCGCGAUAUCUUGGUGCGGAAUGUGUUUCCUGAGCUCCGGCGUCGUGCUGCGUCACACUGCCUCUACCUGCAGGAGGUGGAGCUGCGUUGGGGAGUGACGGAGGAGGAGUCGGGGCGAGCCACCGAGCUGUGCCUGUCAGAGGUCUGCCGCAGCCAGAUGAUGGUGGGAAUCCUGGGGGAGAGGUACGGCCUGGUGCCUCCCAAACCUGUCCUCCCUGACCUGCCACAGUACAGCUGGCUGGCGUCGGCCCCUGCAGGCCUGUCCAUCACAGAGAUGGAGAUCCGUCAGUUUCAGGCUCUUUUCCCCGACACAGCACACCAGCGAAUGUUCUGCUACUUCAGAGAUCCAAACAUCACCAAAUCAGUUCCGGUGGCUUGGAGAGCUGACUUUGUUCCUGAAUCAAAGGAGGCAGAGUCUAAAAUGGCCUCUCUGAAGAGCAGGAUCCGGGAAAGUGAAGUCAAGGUCACUGAAAAUUACCCAUGUGAGUGGGGAGGCGUUGUGGAGGGGAGACCAUAUCUGAAAAACCUGGACCACUUUGGCAAGGCCGUGCUGGAAGACCUCUGGAUGGCCGUAGUAAAGCAAUUUGUUGAAGAGGACGACGAGGCGGAGGCUGUGUCCGAAGUGACUGAGCAGGAGGUGCACCAGGGGGCGUUGCAGAGGCAGUUCUUCGGCAGGGCAAAGCUGAUGUCCGGGGCUGUCGAGAUAGUGGAGCAGGUCCAGGCCAAAGGAGGAUGUCUGUUCGCUCAGUCCCUGUCCGGUCACCAGCACUCAGUGCGCAGUCUCUGCUUCUCUCCCUCCUCCCCCAUGCUUUGCUCUGGCUUUGCUGGAGAGGUGAGGGUGUGGUCAGUUUCCACCUCCACCUGUGUGGGAUGUUUCCAGGCUCACUUCGGAGCCACGGAGUCUCUCACCUUCCUGGAUGAAGGACGCAUGCUGCUGAGCGCUGGCUCAGAUCACAUGCUCCGCCUCUGGUCAGGAGGACUUGGACGUUCAGUCACUACUUUUAAACGUGAAGAAUGCGAACUGGAGCCUCCUCAGAAGAAACGGAGGUCUCCAACCUCUGGACCUGCUGCUCUGUGUGUGGCUGUUAAUGGAGACUAUACUGGGGGAUACCAUGGUGAUGGCGUCAAACUCUUCACUAUUGACUCAGGUAAUAAGAUCUGGGCCUCCCAGAACCUUGAUGUGUCCAUACUGUGCCUGCUGUGGGUCGUCCUGAAUGCAGAGCAGAGCGAACCUGAGCUGCUGGUGUCUGGAGGAAGUGACAAACGUCUGAGGGUCUGGAAGAGGGAAGGAGGAGAGGAGGGAAUGCUGGGAGGCCUGAAAAUGUUGGGAACGUUUGGUGUGCAAACAGGCGCCAUCCUGGCAUUGGCACAAAACUCCACAUACCUGGCUACAGCAUCAGAUGACUUCACCAUUGUUCUGUGGUUGCUGAGCGAACUGGCCCUCGACCCCCACAUUAAGCCUCAUGCAUAUCUGAGGGGCCACAGUGGAGGAGCCACCUGUCUGGCUUUCAGUCCUGAUGGUGAACAGCUGUUGUCCGGUGGAAAAGAUCAGGCCCUGAUGGUGUGGGAUGUGAGUGUGUCUCCUGCUGUUCUCUCCAAGUCUCUCCCUCACUCUCACAGAGACUGGAUCACCAGCUGUGUUUGGACUCCAGACUGUGUGAUUAGCUCUUCAAACGACGGGAGGCUUUGUUUAUGGGAUCUGCAGGCGGGCCAACGUCUCAGAGAAAUCUCCUGGAGGAGUCCUCUUACAUCUGUUUGCUGUGUGGGGCAGUAUGUGGUGGCUGGCUGUGCAGAGGGAGCGCUACACGUUUGGACCUGGGAAGCAAGCACAGAAAUCUGCCACAUUGCUGCACACAAGCAGCGUAUACACCACUGCUCUCUCCUACCAAAUACAAAUGAGAACAAAGAAGUCAACGCCGAAGACAUGACUGUUUUCACUGCGUCUGAUGAUGGCACAGUGCAGCUGUGGAAACCGCUACAGGUGGAGCACUUCAGCACCUUACAUGGUCACAACGGUGCGAUAUGUGGAGUUGUUCGCAAAGAAGGACUCCCAGAAUUCCUCUCUGUUUCUGAAGACUGCUCACUGCGAUGCUGGACAUGGACAACAGAGGAUCCUCCCUGCCUCAGAGGCAAAGUCACAGCUCUGUGCUACUCCCAGACGGAUGAUUUGGUUCUGGCUGGUUAUGAAUCUGGUUUUCUGGAAUUAUGGCAGCACAACACUGUGGUUGGCCACAAGCAGGUUUCAGACAGCAUCAUCACAGCGGCCUGUUCCAUGCCUGACAGCCAGUUUGCUGUCAGCUACAUGAAACAUAACGUUGAUGUGUGGAAGCCGGUGUGGAAUCAACAACAUAGCACUGCAAGCCUGGUGAAAGUAGCCACGUACAUGGUGGAGGAGCCAGUGGUCCGCCUCUACUACUGCUCAGUUCUUCUCGGUGUAUCAAACGCUGGGACAAUAUUUAACGUUACAAUUUUUGACAAGGACAGUUUGUCCCACAAAGUCGUGAGUUGGAGCCACAAUAUGAAAGUUUUGGGGAUGAUCCAUAACGACAAGAAGAGCAUGUGGGUCGUGGGCGAGUCAGAGGAAAGCAUUGCGAUUGGCUUCAUUUUUUUCAUGGGCCCCAAAUGUGAUCUCAGUUCAGCUUUCAGCAAACUACAGACCAACGAUGAGGAGAAGUGGAGUCUGAUUACAGCUGUAACUGUGGACAAAGGCUUUGUUGUGUCUGGAGACGUGAGGGGCAACAUGUGGUUCCUCCAGCUUACAGGGGAUUUCUCAUGGAGCAGCAGAAAACCUGCCCACAAAGACAGGAUCAGCGUGUUGAGACUCACUGACCACACCAUCAUAUCAGCCUCCUAUGAUAGGACGGUGAAGCUGUGGGACAGAAACACCAAGAAACAGAUCGGUAUGUUUGUGUGUGGAGGUCCCAUUCUUGAACUGGAGGUGAACCCUGAAAAACCCACUGAGCUGGUUUGUGGUGACGGACAAGGAAAACUCUACUUUCUCUCCUGGAAAGAAUAAUCCUAUAUAUAUAUAUAUAUAUAUAUAUAUAUAUAUAUAUAUAUAUAUAUAUAUAUAUAUAUAUAUAUAUAUAUAUAUAUAUAUAUAUAUAUAUAUAUAUAUAUAAACACAUGCCAAAGAUUGCUAGAAAUGUUUUGGGUAAACCUCUAUAUAAAAAAAGUCGUGUUUACAUGUGCCUUUUAAUUUAGAUGGGGAAAAAAACAUGUCACAAAACAUGACUGUUCGUUAUAAUUAUUUGAACUGAAUUAUUAAUUUAAUUAGAAAAUUGUAUUGGAAGGGAAAUAGGAAUGUGGGAUAUGAAAUACUUGAAGUGGAAAAAUCAGUGCAAUAACUAUAAGUGAUCUUUUCUUUAGAAAUAAAUUGUGUUCGUAUCAGCA